UGAUUUUAACAGCUACAUUGUUGCUGUUACAAAGUACAAGAAAACAGUAACCACUUUAUUUGCUCUGCUCUGUUUGCCUUUUGCAACAUUUCAUCCUGAUUCACUGCCCUAAUAUGCUCAGCCUUGUGUGAAAAACAGUCCAGACUUGAAAGGAGUCGAGUUCCUGCUGCUCUUUUCAGAGUUUCCCUGCAGAGAUGAAGUUGUUGCUCCUUGUCACUUUCAUUGCACUAGCUGAAUUUGACUACCAUAGAAGAAGUGCUCACUCGUGUCCGGAUCGAUGCUCGUGCUCUUUUGAGCCUUCAGCUGCUGAGGUGGUGUGCAGCAAAGGUGGCCUCACAGAUUUUCCUAGAACUGGUUUUCCUACCAACACCACACUAAUAUCCAUCCAAAGCACACACCUCAGCAGCGUCACUGCCGGCGAUCUGAGCGCUGUGCCGUUCCUAAACAAGCUGCAGCUCUAUCACACCAAUCUGGCAAACCUUUCCUCAGAUCUAUUGGUCUCCUUAUCCCACUUGGACACUUUGGAUCUCACAGGAAACAAGCUAGCUAAAUUGCCCGCAAACGUGUUCAGUCACAGCUCGCUUCGCAACCUGGUGCUGAAAAGCAACCAGCUGCCAGAAGCCGACCCUGCAUGGUUUUCUGGCAACAGCAGCCUUCUCUAUCUGGAUUUGUCCGGUAACCAUCUGACAAACCUCUCGGCCGCUCUGCUUCACAAACUUCCCCUUCUGCAGACCCUGGAUCUGGACGGCAACAGUCUUCAAGAGUUGCAAGCCGACGUGUUCAGGAACCUGCAUCACCUGGAGACGCUAAAUCUGGCUGGGAACAAAUUAAUAACCCUUAAACCUCAAUUAUUUGCUCAUAAUCUGCAACUAAAAUACCUGUACCUGCAGGAGAAUCAGCUUCAGGAUCUGCCAGUGAACCUUCUACACAGACUUCAAAACCUUGAGCUUCUGCUGCUGAAUCAGAAUCAGCUUCGCCACCUCCCCACAGGCCUGCUGGAUGGGGUUAAUCCCUCUGUGCAGAUAAUCCUGACGGGGAACCCCUGGGAGUGUGAUGGGAAGAUGGAGUACUUGUGGAGGUGGCUCACCAACCAUCGGCAAAAUGUUCUCUUUGAGUCGGAGGUGACUUGCGAUAACCCAAAGGCACUGAAAAAUCGACAAGUGUCGUCUCUAACUGACAGUCAGCUUGGUGUAAGAUUACAAUGAAUGAGAAAAUGCAGAAAAGGAAAUAUUCGACUUUUGUUCCCUUUUUUGGUUGCACGUCAAGUAAAUAAAUAAUGAUAAACAUUGCUGUGUUCUCCUGAGGUGUUUUCUUAAGGUCCAAUAUUUUCAAAUUCUCUAGAACCUUUGAGGUGAAUCAAUUUACAAUGCCUUUGCAAACAUAUUCAGACUGUUUCACGUUUUGUUAUGCUGCAACCAAAACCGUCACUGUAUUUUAUGUGGAUUCUAUGCAGUAGACAAAAAUGCUGAUCGUCAUUGUGAAGUGAAAGCUGUCUCCCCUGAGUCUGGGUGGAAAUAUUUUCCACCUGUGUUGCUGCCUCAAGUCUUCAGUGAAGUGUCUCGAUCAGAGUUGCAUGUCUAGAGACUAAUGUGGUUCCAAAUUCUUUGCAAAACUGUUCUGGCCUAGUUUGAGUGUCUGUGAGCAAUUUUCAAGCCUUGGCACAAAUUAUUGAUUAAAUAUCUUCUAAUAUUUUGUAAAAUGAAGCUCUGGUUUUAUGAUUAGGGUUGUUGUCCUACAGGAAUGUGAACUACAGCCAUCUCAGUUUGUUUUUUUGCAUCCUUACAUAAAACUACAUUACGCAGAGGUUAUUGACAUUUGCUUCAAAAGGGAAUUAGUCACACUGAACUUCAUUGAGCCGUGCCAUUGUAAAAAGAUCUAAACAAAAAUGUUUGCACAAUUUUAUUAGCAAAUAUUUUCAAAAAUCGACUUAUAUGUUGCCUUCCAUUUACAGAAUCGAUCUGGUUGUAAAAAUAAAAGUAUGAAAGCUUCCCAUUUAUUCUAUGCCUGCCAAAACCAACCUCCUGUUGAAAAACUGAGUAAUUGCAGUGUUCAAACACAGGAACUAAAAAUACCGGACAGAAACUGCAAUCAAAUCCCACAUUUUUAUGGGUGAAGAACUGCGUGAAAAUGAAGGCUUUUCUCUUGUAAGAUUCGUGCAGCGCAGCCUUUUCAGCAACAAACCUGUCUCAGUCGGCUGCAUCGCAGAUUGCUACAUUGUUUCAGGGGUGCCCUUUUGUUUUUAAUGAUGUUCAGUACGUGGGCGUGGGUGUGUGG